CUCACACAUAGUGUGUCGAGGUACCGCGGGCGUUGGUGGGAUUAUAAAAUAGUGUAUUUUUAAGUUUUUUUAGUACUUUAAGUAGUGACAAAUGGCGUUGAGAAGUUUUAUUUUGCUGUCGCUUCUGGCGAGCGUGUUUGCGCAAGAUAGAUAUCGAGUAUGCGUUUCAUCAACAAGCCAGUGCCAAGCUUUGGAGCUGGGCGACUCUCGCGCCAUCUGCACCCCGGUUGAGUCCAGAGUGGACUGCGCCCUGCAACUAGUGCGCGGCACAGCUGAUGUGGGAUUCUUUACUGAUGAGGAGCUACUGGUUCUGGGUCAGACACAGCCUACCAAUAAUCUCGUCAUUGCUACUGUCAGGGACUUCACUAAACCAGGAUCGGUGUCCUUCCAAUCAGUGGCCGUGGUCCGCAACGACCACACCAAUGGCCUCGAAGGUCUGCGCGGCAAGAAGUACUGCCACCCUGGCUUAGGAGAGGCCGCGCUGCGCUGGUCACCAAGAGUUGAGAAGGAACUAGAAACCAGGGCUGCCAACACCGACCGUUGCCCAGAAGCAGACUACAAGUUCAAGACAGCCGAGGAGAUGGAGGUGGAAACCUUGAGCCAGUUCUUCGGAGAUUCCUGUCGCCCUGGAGCUUGGAGCGCUAACGCUACUGUCGAUGCUGACCUUAAGCGUCGGUACCCCAGCCUUUGCGCGCUUUGCGGACCCAACUCUUCAUGCGACUAUACAAUCGACAUGGGCAUCACUAUCGCUGGCAUCAACAACAACAACGCACACAUCAAGGCUCUUGAGUGUCUCAGGAGCGGCGGUGACGUCACUUAUGUCGCUUGGCAGCAUGUCCGCGAAUUCUUCACUAUUCGCAACAAUGACAUCGUGAGCAACUUCUCUCUCCUCUGCCCUAACGGCACUCUGGUUGGGUUGAACUCUGUAAACAUUACCGACACCAACGCGCCUUGUGCGUUCGUCUCUCAACACUGGGGCGGCAUCGUCGCUAACUCUGCCCGUGCUAAUGCGCUCCAGACCGAACUUCGUACCUGGUGGCCCGCUGGCAGCAACCCGGCUGACAACACAUGGCGGUCCACACUCUACUCUAUCCUGGUUCCUCAGUCGUCAAACGCCCAAGUUAUUAUGGAGGACACUCUGCUCACUCCUGCCAACUUCACUCAGCUUAGCCGCCCGCUGACCAGCAUUGACAGCGCAACGUCCUGCGUUCCACCUCGCGUCUGGUGUGUUGUGUCAGCUCAGGAGCUAGCCAAGUGCAACUGGGUGCGCGCUGCAGCUUACAGCUUAGGAAUCAAGCCAUCGAUCUCAUGCGUGCAGCGAUCCGAUAUCUUCCAAUGCCUGCGUGACGUGCGAGAAAAAAACGUUGACUUCAUUGCCACUUCCUCCAACUACGGAUACCUCGCCAGGCAGCACUUCAGCUUGACGCCAGUGAAGCUGGUCCAAAACCUGCACUCUGACCCCAACUCUUUCUCGCGAGUGAUAGCGCUAGUGAGGGCCAACUCGGACAUCACUCGCUUCGAGAACCUUCGCGGCAGGAAAGCGUGCUUCCCUGAAUUCGGAGGCAUUUCGUACAUGUCCUUCGUCCGCACGGCCCAAGUGCUCGGCGUGCUGAACGACAAAGAAUGCGACUACGCGAGGGCGGUCGGUGAAUUCUUCUCAACCACCUGCGCUCCUGGUGCCCAAGACGCCUCUCAUGCCCUUGGAGCUUCCAACUACGAUGUCUCAAAUCUCUGCAGUCUUUGCAAGGCUCCUAACGGUGCUAACUCCACCUGCAGCUGGGACUACACCAGUAACCUGUACUUCGGCAACAACGGCUCCUUAUCCUGCUUGGCUAACAACGACGCUGAUAUCAUCUUUGUGGAAACCACCAACAUCAAUAGCUACCUGACGGCCCAGAAUCUGCAGGCCUCCCAGUUCCGAGCCCUCUGCAGUAACAACACCCUGGCCCUGCAGAACGGAGUCAACGUGGAUGACAACUGCUUGCUGUCUUAUGUGGUGGAUUCAGAGGUUCUGACUAGAAGGCCUACUCUUAAACACCUACCACGGCCGCUGAAACCUCAUAACAUCACGCAUCCCCCACCUCUGAGGCCAGUUUAUGUACAAGACGAAGCCUACAGCAGCAUCAGCGCUCUCCUCGAUACCCUCGAAAAGUACUUUGGCUACACCGCAUCCUCAGGCACCCAGCACGUCAACCUAGAAAUCUUCUCCAGCUUCGACGGAACCCGGGACUUGCUCUUCAAGAACACAGCCGUCGGGUUCUCGGAACCCACCACGGCUACCACCAACCAGCCAGCCAAGAACUAUAUUGAACUGUUCAGCCAUUUGCAAGCCUGCACUGGCGCUGGGAACAAUAUUCCUGUACCUGGAUUGGCCAACAGGAGCUUCUACUCUAUUGUUACUCUAAUUGUGUCUGCAUUGGUUACGCGUUUCAUUGUGUAUUAAGAUAUCAUGUACAGUUGGCAACAAAGCUAUGAAUACAUGCCAAAAACAUGUAUGCAGAACUUUAUUGCCUAUACAUGUAUAUAAGUGUGUAUACCUAUUUUUGGCACUUUGUAACAGCUUAGUUGUUGACUGUAAAGCCCACUGAUGGUCCGCUGGGCAGGCCUGUGAGUUCGACGAAUUUUAUGUGUAUUUUGAUCGUCUGUGAGCCCCUUAAAGUAGCUAACAAACUACCGCACCGUACCGCGACCUUGGAUUUUUUUCAUGUAAAUGAGAGGGAGAAAAAUAACUCUUUCUCGCGCCCACUUACAGGCAGUAUGUGGAUGUCAUUAGUGCGGUGCGGGGAUAUGUUAGCACUUGAAGUCUAGGUGAAGCUAUUUUUAUCGGACUUUCUGAUGAGGACAGAGUUUAUGUUGAUUUUAUGUACCUUAUAACAGCAGAAAGUAUGAAAGGAAAAGGUGCCUCAUCACCAGACAGUGUCAAGUAUUCUAUAGUAGUGGUUAGAAUAGUAAUGUAACAAAGUAGGUAUAGACCCUGGCCAUAAAGCAUUUUUUGUGCAUUACAAUUAUUGACUCCUUUUUUUUAGUGACUUUGAAUAUUCCACUUACCACUUGCACUAUUUUACUUAUUUUAUUUGCCUUCCAUGCGCGGAUCCAGUCAUGGUCAUGGGGGUCAUGACCCCCCCCCCCCCCUCUUCUUUGGGCACUAAGCUGGAUCAGCGCUUGUUCCCUACAAUGAAUAAUAUUACGAUAAUCUAUUAUUUCACAAAUUUACAGGGAAAUUUAUAAAACUUAAUGUCUAAUUUUACAAAUAAUGGCUAAAAUAAAUUGUUCAAAUUUAUUUUUACAAAAGUCUGUGCUUAUGGCCUAUAUGUGUUUUUUUUUUAAUUUACUUACCGUUUUUUAUCACACUAUAAUACCUAGUAUUUAUUUCGUUUACCUAUUUAUUAUAGUCAUUUCGGUGGUAAAGUAUGAUGGUAGAACUUGCAGUAGGUAAAAUGUUUAUAUUCUAAGGUCUUGUUUUACGAUAAAAACUGCCAUUCGCUACAGAUUUAUUUUAAGUAACUAUAAUUUAACUACACAUUUAAUAUUUUCAAUACUUAUCUUAAAUAAUAAAAGAAUAAUAAAGUUUUAUUACGCAUUCUAUCACUGUCAACAGAAAUUUUAAA